UCCCAUCAGCCGACAAGAUGGGUAUCUUUGAUUAUGUCUCCGAUCUUUACGCCGCCAUGAGCGUCCAGACCGCCGAGGCCGAGGAGCCGCAAAAGGAUGAUGGUGGCGACGAGGGCUCCGAAGGCGAGGACAACAAGGAAGAGCAGAGCGAGGACAGUGAAGAGAGUGGCGAGGCCGAGGAGGGCGGAGACGAUGCUGAAGAAGAAGAAGAAGAGGAGGAGGAGGAUGAGGAGGAGGAUGAGCCAGAAGACAUCAAGCCCAAGCUCGAGGAAGAAUGCCUCAAGACUUCCGCAUGUGCGCCGUUGAAGCACCAUUACGAUGAGUGCGCCGAGCGUGUGCAGCACCAAACCGAGCAGCACGGAAAGGCAGAGGAGGACUGUGUUGAGGAGUUCUUCCACAUGAUGCACUGCGCCAGUCAGUGUGCUGCACCGAAGCUGUUCAGGCAGCUACGGUAGACGAUGGGAGGAAUCCGAGUUUGGCUUCCCGCUUGCUACAGUAUCCCUACGCCUGGUCAAU